AGUUACACAUGUUUGGGCGGCUGCGUUUCGAUUAAUAGGCAAGAAAGUUAAUGUACUCUUUUGGUUAACAAAAAAAAAAAAAACUUUUUAAUAUUAAUAUAAUAAAAUAAUUUUAACUGACUUAAUUGGAAGUCAUUCGUAUCAAAAUGCUAUUUUGACUAUAUAUAGAAAGGAAGGAAGUUGCCUUUAUGAAGAUUUUUGCUUAUUGCUGCCUGUCUUUUAGGUUAUAAUAGCUUACGCUUUAGCGAAACAAAGACAAAUAUAAAAAAAAGUACAUAAAAUUGCAUUAAAGUCGUCUCCUAUUGAAGAAGAUACAUAAAUUCGUCGACGAAUUUAGUGCUUUGUCAAAAGUUAAAAAGUUUUGAAUAUUUUUCUGUGGAACAUACGAAAAUUUUAAUCAAUAUGAGCUGGCAGGAUUAUGUUGACAAUCAACUUUUAGCUUCGCAAUGCGUUACAAAAGCUUGCAUCGCUGGACACGAUGGCAAUAUAUGGGCCCAAUCCAAAGGUUUUGAAGUUACAAAGGAAGAGUUGACGAAGUUAAUUUCUGGAUUUGAUCAAACGGACAUUCUUAUUAGCAAUGGCGUUACCCUAGCCGGGCAACGAUUCUUUUAUAUUUCUGGUACAGAUCGUGUAGUCCGCGCCAAACUUGGUCGCAGUGGUGUUCAUUGCAUGAAAACAAAACAAGCUGUAAUUGUUUCCAUCUAUGAGGAUCCUGUUCAACCGCAGCAAGCCGCAUCGGUUGUUGAAAAACUUGGAGAUUAUCUUAUUACUUGCGGGUAUUAGAAAAUAAUAUUACUUAAAAAUAAUGAUAAAAGUAAUUAUAUAAAACUAAUAUUAAAUCAAAAAACAAAUCUAAGUAUCUACUACAACUAUUUUGGAAUAAUUUCAUACAAAAGAAUAAAUAUUAAUAAUAAAUAAAUAAAAACGAAAUAUUUUUAACUUAUUUUCGAAAUUGUUUAAAAUUGAUUCUUUUGCUACUAAAUGUGUCGAAAACAAACCGUUUAAAUAUACUAAAUAAAGCAAAUUAUGAUAAGAAUAUAAUUAGGAAACUCGUUACACAAAAUUAUAGAAAAGAUCUACAUAUAUUUUUACUCAAACUGGUGGUAAAAUAUAUUGCAAACGGUUUUCAAGAACUUA